AUGAACAGUGGCUACGGACCCAACUAUCGUCAUUACGAGCAGUACGAUCGACGAUUGUACGGCCGUCCCCACUACGGAUUGAAUGCACCCAGAGCGGCAUCGAUUCACGCAGCGUCGUCUGUCCAUACUUAUAGUCGACGAUCCGGUGGGACUCUCAUGAGGGCCGGUGCCGAUGCCCAGAGCGUCGUACGCGAAGAACGCAGAAAACGAGCGAAGACACGAUGCCUCGUCACAAUCGGAGUCCUUCUUCCAGCAAUGGCUGGAAUCAUUGGAGUGGUCGCAUACGCGGUGAGCGCGGACAAUUACGGCCGAUCAACAUUAAGCCAACGGACACCGAACCCGAGCGCUAACGUCCGGCAUCGAGCGCCUUUCAAAGACACUCAUGACUCGCCUUCUUCAAACGCGAAAGGCUAUCCGGCAGAAAAUCGAAUGGACGCAUUCGAAACCAAGAGCGCGUCCAACAAUGUUCCGGUGAAACGUUUGCCUCCGCUCCGAGCCGACUUCGACAAAGAGCCGGAGCUCAAUUCUCUGAACUCGCAUCCUCCACCGAUCGAAGUUCCUGAUGAUCGGCACCGUCUCCAUCAAAACACCAGAAUCCACCACACAGACACGCACAGGGAGCCGACCCUGCCCAACAAGGUCUAUUUCGACCGGGAACAGCUGGGCGAACCCUUGAGACACGGCGACGGCACUCCUGAAAGUACAUUUGCCCGACGACCGAGUCAGGCAGAUCCGCCCUAUGCGCAACGGGUUCAGCCCCCACUUCUUUCUCCACCACCUCCGCCUCCAAGUGAACCUGUCAUAUUUCACUCUGUCAGCAUGGCAUCUCCCUCAAUGAAUCCCGUGCAGGCCGUUCCCGUCCAGCUCAAGCCCCAUCGAAAGCCGAUCCAGAUCAUGACCCCGGGCGACAUGAAGCCGCCGCCUCCUGUGCUCGCCACCAAAACAAACCAGUUAGAACCUACGGAUAGCGAGUUCAACGGUGCUGCCCUUCCGAACGGCAUGCGCGAGCAGCAAAUCACCGUCGUGGACAGCGUCACAAACAAAGCUUACGUGAUUCAUUUCCUCGUUGGCGAUAACGACCGAAAUCCAGACGGUUCCAUUGCUGGGUUCGACCCCACGUCACCGGCAUUCCAGCAAUACAUCAGGGAAAUAAUUCGUCAACAGGAUCAGCAAGCGGAGCGUCAGGACCAGCGCCUCGUAUUAUCCCACGUUAACUCCAACAACGGCACCGACAUCGACGACGACGUCAACAACAACAACAACGAGAGCUCCAACCACGCCGCGAAUAAGUACGACGAGAGCUCCGAGGAGAACUACAACGACACGCGGAGUAAGCUCUCCCAGCUGAUUAGCCAAACGCCGAGCUCAACGACAACGACGUCGACCACAACUACGACGACUUCAACUACUACACAAAUCCCCGAAGGCUCCUUGGAAUACGACGAUCCCGAGGACGAAGAGGAAAUCGAUGAAUCGUCCGAGCCCGCUACGCCGGAGGACUCGGUCAAGGAGAACCAUCUCGCAGCAGCAUCGCUGCCCCCGUCGUCGACGGCUCCGCCUCCACCACAACCGCCUCUCAGAAUAACUGGAGCGAGCACCUCUGCCACUGAUUCCCAAACGGUGAAGACCGUGUCCAUGGUGGACACCCCCCUGAAAACGUCGCAGCUCCUACAGCCUGCCGCAUCGAUGGAAGUCCCAUCCAGAUCUUCAUUUGGCGGCCUCGCCGUCAUGGAUUCCCAUCUACCGAACGCGCAUGGCAACAACGCAAACGUUCCGACUUCCACGACGACUACGAGAAGACCCUCGGGCCCAAAACCGAUUUUUUACAGCGAGGCGAAUCGGAGAGACACGAACCUCUCGUCCCAGAAUCCAUUCCGACCCCCGGCCCCCGGGGACUAUCAUAGCGCUCAACGUGCCCCCGUGCAUCCGCCCACUCAGAGGUUCUCGGCCUCGAAUCAGCACGCAGUGUUCGCCAACGCGCCCUUCAAACCGCCGAGUCCUCCGAUGUUCAUGCCCCUGCCAGGGGGUUUCGAGCAUCAGUUGAUGGGCGCUGAGUCUCAUGUGGGUCUCUCUGGAGUCCACGUUCUCCCAGAUGGCGGUCUUCUAUUGCCUGCACUCGGGCCUCAAUAUCCACCAACGAUUCCGAUUCCUCCUCCAACAUCCAAACCCUCGAAAGCCCAUCGUCAGCGUCCGUCGUCGAAAAGCAAGUCUAAAUCGAAACGGAAGAAGCAGAAGAAAGAUCAACGAUUCGGGAUCGAGCUUGGUGGAUCGCAUGAUGACGAUGACGGCGGCGGUAUAACACUUUCGAUAGGAGGCGGUGGAUCCGAUCGGAGACACGUAUCACCAUUGUCAAUCGCUAAGCACAUAUUCCUCCCGUUCCUUCCGCGGCCAAAAGUGAACCUAAACAAACGGGUGGUUUUCGGUGUAGUUCUCGAAAACGCCACAAAACUCAGUCAUAAAAAAUCUCACCGCACCGGCGAACCUGAAGCGGUGGCCGACAUCAGUCUGAAUGGUCACGCAAUACAUGAUCAUUCUUAG